AUGUCGGAGGUUGCCUCGGGGCUGGCUAGGAGGGCGUACUGGUUGUGUGCUAAGCGUGGCUGUAACGCUUGGAAUUGGUGUGACAAGCGGUGGACGUGCAAGGCGUGCGGCACCAGUGCUCCCCCAUGGACGAAGGAGUACCGCUCCGACAAGGUUCCCCCUCGGGUGGACGCCGACGGGUUCGUGCAGCAGCCCAGGGGAAGAGCUGAGCAGCGCGCGGCGAGGCGCUCGGCCUCCCAGCGGGCCCUCUCAGGGAGCACCGCGCCCAGCAGCGCCCCCAACAGCAGGGCACGGCGAGCGCGGCCCUGGGGAGAGGCCAAGACCCAGUACGAGGAGCUGCAGGCGCAGCUCGCGGCGGCCAAGGAGCGAGUCGACAGGCUCCAGGGGGCCGCGGCGCUCGGGCUCUCAGAGGACUUCCAGCGUGAGGCGGAGAAGGCCCUCCAGCAGGGCAAGGACCAGGUCGCCGCCCUGGAGCGGUCCGUCCAGGAGGCCCAGCGGACGGAGCGCCCGCCCCACUCGGUUCUCCACAUUGAGGCCUACGCCAUCCAGAAGGUCGAGCGUCAGCUGGCCACGGCACGUACCAAGAGGGAGAAGCUCCAGCUGCAGGCGUCCGAGCUGCGCGAGCUCAUCGCGGAGAAGCAGGAGCAGCUAUCGGCAGCCGAGUUGGGAGUUGAUGAAGUCACUGGGCAGAUUGCUGAGCUGGAAGAGACCAGGGCCAAGGUCACGCAGCAGGCGAUCCAGAGGGCCAACGCAGCUGUCGGAGGAGUGCCGAGCCCGCUUGGGGACGCCGUCCAGGGGUUGCUCACUCAGGUUGGCGCCCUGUCGGAUCUCCUCAAGCAGCACGGAGCCGAGCUGCCUCCCAGGUUUUCGGAGAUCGUCGAGAUUCUCAACACGCAGAAGGAAGCGGUCGCUGAUGUGCUCAGGCCCCGUAGCAGCUCGGCCAGGAAGCGCUGGGGCGACAGCGUCGGUGACGACGGCCUCGCGACUGAGGAUGACGACAUGCCGCUCGACAUCGUGGCCUCAGGCAGGGCCGACCGCGGCUGGGCCUCCAGCCCCGCGGGCCAGGUGGAGCCCUGCCUCGCCAAGGCCCUCGCCGAGCAAGGGGCGGCCCUCUCGGACGGCGACCCCUUGGUGGCGGCGGGCGGCGCCGAGCACCCUUGCCCGAGGGGCACGGCGGGCAUGGGGUCUGGCGCUGAUGAGCGCGCCGCUCGCGAGGCAGCCGUCAUCGGCAAGGCGCCGCUGGUUGACAGGGCAGGAGGCCAGCAGCUCCGAGCUGGCCUCGUCAUGCUCGGCUGCAAUGGCAAUACUUGGAGCAGGAGCAUUGAGGCCAUUGAAGCCUUCUUCAAGGCGUACGACUACUGGCCCGACGUAGUGGCGCUGCAGGAGACGAGGCUCCCGCAUGGCUUCCCCCGCCUUCGGCACUACUGGUGCGGUGUUGGCUGGGUGUGCCUCCCAGUGCUGGGCGCCCUCCUGGCCGCGGGGGCGACGUGCCCGUUGGUCACGCCGAGGAAUGUUGUCGACGACAUCUCGCUCCAGGCGGUCGGCACGGCCCGACUCGUGAAGCAGCAGAUGUUGGCCUCCAGCUGUGAAGUGGUCCGCCAGCUGCGUGAGCAGCACCUCCCACUCAACGAGAGUAAGUCGGUCUUCCUGGCCUCGUCGCCGCAGCUCGCCAAGGAGCUCUCCGAGGCGUGGGCAGCACAGGGCUUGACCUUCAAGAGGGGACUUCAGGCGAGGAACCUCGGCACCGACGCCAACAUCACUCGUCGUGGAGUGCAUGAAGGUGCUGUGCGUGCGGUCGGCGGCCUUCGGCGAGGACGCAGGCUAGGGGUGCUUCGCUCAGCUGGUGCGGCGACCGAGAUGGUCCACCGUGCUGGGCCCACCGCGGCGAUGCUGUGGGGGCGCACGGUGACUGGUGUACCUGAUAGGGAGCUUCAUUCGUGGCGCUUGGCGGCGGUGCGCUCGGCUGGGAAGUUCCCUAAGGGCGCCUCACUUGGGCUGAGACUCAGAGCGGUGGAGGUCAUGAGGUCCAUCGACCUCGACCCGAGCCCCGCGCUGCUUCGUGCCGCUGUGCAGAUGGCGGCCAGCCUCCUUCAGUCGGGGGAGGUCCCGCAGCGCAUGUUCGAGACGGCCUUGCAGGAGGCGGAGCGGAGGCACGCGGGAGCAGCAGCCCCAUGGGCGCACUGCCGUACGCCUGUGGAUGCCUUGGCCCUCUCGCUCACCAGGGUAGGCUGGAGGCUCGUCCAAGGCACCCGCCUCGCCACCGACGACGGCCACAUCCUGGACCUGCGCAUGAUGGGGCCGCGCGAGCUGGGCCUGCUGGCAGCGGCAGGGGCGCGGCGUGCGUCGGACAAGUCGGAGCUGGCCCGCCUCGGCCACGGUGCGCUCCCCCCGUCGCCCCUGUUCUUCAACCUCAGGCUGCUGCGCGGCCUCCUCACCUCCUACCAGGCCCCUAGGAUGAUCCUCGCGGCGGGCAUGGGAGGCCUUCGCGGAGGCUGUUCGAGUGUCCUGUCCUUGCGGGGCCGAGGCGCGACUCUACCUCCGACCGCCUUCGGCGCUGCGCACAUCGUGCACGUGGCCCCCCCGAGGGCCGCCCCGAGGUCGGAUGCCAUGGCGGUCAUGUGGUGCAAUCGCCCCGCCGACGGUCUCCUCGGGGGGCGCCUCUACCUGGAUGGGUCGGCGCUCGACCCCGAGCACGAGAGCCUACGGCGUGCGGGUUGGAGCAUCGUGCAGUGCGACUCCGACGGCAACAUGGAGUGCGCGGUGUACGGCAGCGUGCGCCAAGACCUCUGCCCUUUCCAGACGGCGAAGGACGGCGAGGAUUUCGCGGUCUGGAUGCUGUCUCGCUUCCUGGGCCCGAGCGUGGACGAGAUCCUCAUCGAUUGUGCGUCUACGGUCAGCUGCCUCACGUUGGGCAAGAGGUACGCGACGGCAGCCAACAAGCCCAACGCCCAUCUCUGGGAGGGGAUCUACGCUUCGCUGGACGUGGACAUGCUCAAGGUGACCAAAGUGGCAGCCCACUGCACCGCCAGAGACGUGAUGGAUGGCAAGAUCACGGAGGCGGACCUCCGCGGCAACGGACAUGCAGACCGCUGGGCCAAGGCGGGUGCGGAGCUGCACCGCGCCAGCCCCGUGGCCAGGCGCGAGUUCUUCGGCACGAUGGAGGUGGUGAGGGAGCUCUCAUGCUGGGUGGCGCAAGCCUCCCUCAUCUGGCAGGGGAUCGAGGUCAAGGACUGCGAGGGCCUACCCGAGGGCAGCGAGCGGACGGCUGUCUCCUUCGCCGUGCCCGUGGUGGAGCCCGCCAGCAGCCGCCCGUCCGACUCGGGUUCGGGCGACGGGUGGGCCUCGGCGGCACGCGCUGGUGGCGUAUCCCUCGGUGCGACGGCCUUCGUCGUCGCCGGCCACGUCCUGGCCUUCGCCAAGUGCGGGGAGGGCGCCGCCGAGCAGGAGCUGAUGGCGUGCACCCACUGCGGGGCGUACGCGCGGCUGGGCGGGCGCUCAGGCGCGGCGCCCAAGCUCAAGGAGCAAUGCCCAGGGUCUGCUGGGCUUCCCAAGGGCAGGCGAGACCAGAAGGCGCGCUGGCUGCAGGGGCGGCAUCCUGCUGGCACGCCCCACAGCGGCAGCAAGCGGGUCGGCGCGUCAGUGCCCAGCCUGCGCAAGGAGGACGUGGUGCCGGUGGACGCCAGGGUGCGCUUCCUGCAGUGGCUGGGGGUCCGCCCCGAGGAUGCACCUGGCGGCGUGGCCGCCGACGCCAGCCGCGGGCCCCCCAGCGGCGCGGCGGCCGCUGGCGAGGCGGCGGCGGAGCCGUUGGCGCCUGGCCCCUCGGGGGCCUCGAGGGAGGCAUGGCUGAGCGCCUACGGACUUGACGAGGCGAGCCUCCUCGAGUGGUCAGCCUCGGCUGAGACGGCGCGCGAGGACAGGCGCAAGAGGCGCCGCCGUGCUGAUGGUGACGAGGGGGAGUGA